CAGUGCCCCACGCCAGACCCUCUUCUGUCUCGCCGCCCGCCCGCCGCCCGCGCCCACCAUGACCACUAGUCAGCAGCUUGCAGGAAGAUGGCGCCUGGUGGACAGCAAAGGCUUUGAUGAAUACAUGAAGGAACUAGGAGUGGGGCUAGCUCUACGAAAAAUGGGUGCAAUGGCUAAGCCAGAUUGUGUCAUCACUUGUGAUGGCAAAAACCUCACCAUAAAAAUGGAAAGCACUUUGAAAACGACACAGUUUUCUUGUGUCUUGGGAGAAAAGUUUGAAGAAAAUACAGCUGAUGGCAGAAAAACUCAGACUGUCUGCAACCUUACAGAUGGCGCAUUGGUUCAACACCAAGAAUGGGAUGGGAAAGAAAGCACGAUAACAAGAAAAGUGACAGAUGGGAAAUUAGUGGUGGAAUGCAUCAUGAACAAUGUCACCUGUACUCGGGUCUAUGAAAAAGUAGAAUAAAAAUUCCAUCAUCACUCUUGGCAGGAAUUACGAGAAUGAACAAGCUCAGUUCAAUGAGCAAGUCUCCACACUGCUUUUCUUUUUCCAUGAUUGUAUUCAGUUAUCUUUAUCACAGACAGUUUACAUGCAGCUAUUUCAAGUGUUGGUUUAAUUAGGUUCCUCUCUUUGGUUAAUAAAUAAAUAUGUUUGUGCUAGUA